AUGAAAAAAAGCCUUUUUGUUGCUAUAGAGGGGAUAGACCGGAGCGGAAAGUCGUCUUUGGUUGCGUCUUUGAAAAGAAGUCUGCAGAAAAAGGGCUUUCAGGCCAGCGCAAUCAACUAUCCAAACCGGCAAAGCCACACUGGAAAGCUAAUAUCUGAGGUGCUCAGCGGGAAGCACACAAUUGCCAAAGAGGCCAUGCACCUGCUGUUCUCGGCCAACAGAUGGGAGGACAAGGCCCGGCUGGAGGGCCUUCUCAGAAACUCGGAAGAGCCCGGAAGCCUGCCCACGGUUAUACUUUGCGACCGGUACAUUCUGUCAGGCGUGAGCUACUCGAUUGCAAACGGACUUCCUGAAAAGUUCUGCACGUUUUCCGACAAGGGGAUGCUCGAGCCAGACUUGACCAUCUUUCUGGACGUGCCUCCUGCCACGGUUGAGACCCGGUCGGGCUUUGGGGAGGAGCUGUACGAAAACCGAGAGUUCCAAGAGAAGGUGUAUUCCUCUAUGAAGCAGCUCCUGGCAGCGUACAGGCACAAAAGGAUCCUCAACGCAUCGCAGGAAGAGGUGCAUGCUAUCUCUCUGAAAUGCAUUUUAGACUUAAUGGAGGAAAACACCGGAGCAAUUUCUGUAUAG